AUGUCUUCAGAAACGACCUCCACCGUCCCCAAGACGAGCUUCCUAGGCUUGCCAUCGGAACUGCGCGAGCAGAUCUACCGCCACUACUUUAAAGCUGCCGGUGGUUACGUCUACGAUGCUGCGACCGAGACUCUUAGGCAGACUGAUGGCACGCCUGUCGACAUCGCGCUUCGGUAUGCCUGUCGCUCCAUCGCGUACGAAACGAGAGAUUACCCAUUUCAACUCAACUCCAUCAAGUUUUCCACAGUUCACCGCGAUGACUGGCAGGAGACAGCUGCUAUUCACACCUACGUCGUACUCUAUCACCACUACCUACAAAUGGGUUUACUAACUCAUCUGAGAGAUCUUGUCACUCCCGACAUGUAUGAAUGCUCCAACCACAGUCAUCGGGAGUAUAUGCCUGCAAUCAAGAGAGAAAUCGAUCGGGUUAUUGCUUAUAUAUUAGAGAUGCCCAGAACAAAUGUAUUCAGUGGGUGCGAGAUGUAUCGGACGGACGGAGAUCCUCCGGGUGAUGAUUACUGGGCUGGCAGUCUGCCAACGAUGAACAGGAAGUUUAAAGACAAGACCAUUGUUUUCAACGACACAGUUGCCUACCUCCUACGAAUACUUGCCAAGAGACACCCUGAUCAAUUUGCUCAAGCUGUUGAUGUCAUGCUUCCUGGUUGGCCAGACUCGCAUCCGGCCUCUGAGGUCCUCGACCUAAAAUUCGAGCCCUGGGCGAUCCCUUCUCAUUCCGAAGCCAUAUCGAUGGCUAAAACACUACGGCUGGAAGGCCCGGUCGAUUGCUACACAGAAUGGAGGGUCAAUGCGGACGCAGGCUUGGAUGACCCAAUGUUUACCGGAACAAGAUACCAGUACCGCCAAAUGGGUUUCUUUUCAGCAACCGCUGUGGCCAUAAGAUUUUUGAAGCGGAUUCCUGAAUACCAACGUCUCAACAUGCGGAAGCUAAUUCUCGACGAAGAUCGCCCUGCUGUAGGUCUUGCUAUGUGUCACGGCAUCGGAUUAAUUCCCUUCUGCAAAGAGAAUACAAAGCUACAUAUUGAGCACUGCUGGAACCUAUGGACGACACUUCUUUUGCGAACGGAGCAACGCUGGAUCUCGAGCUUGACCAUGAAUUUCGAGUUGUCGCCCGAAAAAUACCAGGAAUGGAUAGACGAUGAUUCCGAUUUUGGGCCAUGGACAUUGCACGAGGCCAGCAAACAGAGGUUUUCUAAUAUAUUUCACGCAUGGUGUAUGAAUAUUCUGGAUGUUGUAAAUUCCGGUAUGCCCUUACAGUCAUACACAGUCAUGAUUGAAGGAGACCCCGAUCUCAACCUCUCGACGCUUGCAUUCCACGAUGUCAUGGCACGCAACAUUGCCUGGCUAACACUCAAUACCGAUUGUGUAGCGAGGGGUCUAUUUGCCCCUCCAGACCAUCAUGACUAUCCUUUGAUGACGAGACCCUCUAUCGAAGGAAGCGACUCUUCCGACACUAGAAGCUCGCUCAUUCAAUGCAACUUCACACUUGAUCAACCGUGGGAUUUGGAGAAGAUAGUGGAGGAGUACUCCGUUCAGCGCCAACCCUAUCGUCCCUAUCGACCGUGGGACAAUAUCUUGGAUCCUGGUUCUGAUGAUUUCAGAGUUCUCACUGACACGCUGGACUACAAGAAGCUCCAGCUUUUGUGGGUCGACCGAAAGCCGAGAUCAGAGGACGAUCUGGCUGCAAAACAAGGAAGACAGUGA